AUGGGGAACUAUGUUUCUUGCACUUUAUCAACCCCAUUCAACAAAUCAUCAAAGACCACAAAAGUGAUUCUCCCAAGCGGUGAAAUCAAGCAAUACGAGGAACUCAUCAAAGCAGCUGAGCUAAUGCUAGAAACACCAAACUUCUUCGUUGUAAACUCUCGAUCCCUCAAGGUGGGAACCAGGUUUUCUCCUCUAAGUGCUGACGAAGAUUUAGAGUUCACCAACGUUUACGUUAUGUUUCCAAUGAAAAGAGUGAACUCUACGGUCACAACAGCUGAUAUGGGAGCUUUGUUUAUGGCUGUAAAUUCGGUUACCAAAAAGGGGUUUGGUGGAAAAGUAAGAAUAUUGCCAGAAGAUCAAGAUAAUCUAAGUGAUGUUUCAUUGGAAAAUGAAGACAAAAGAACAAUGACGAAUCUGAAUUUGGAUGAUAUUGAAGAGUUUUCAACACCAGAGUUUAUGCAUAGAUUAUCAAUGUCAAGGUCUAAGAAACCAUUGUUAGAAACUAUAGUUGAGGAGCCUAUUCGUGCUAGAUGA